CUCAAACCCUGCUGCUUAUGAAAACUCCUCAACUGCAAAAUUAUUACAGCCACCGACGACCAUGGAAGUUCUUCACAGAUUCUCAUUUCGUCUCUUACCACCGGUCACUCUCGGCUUGAACUCCGCCAAAUCAGCCCCACUUUAUCUUUCGACCCGAAUUCCCCUUUCCAGACCCGCAUUUUCCAACCCGGACCCACUCUUAACUCCCCGAAUGCCUCUCUCUUCUUCGGCUGUUAGCAAAGCAGGUUGGUUUCUGGGUCUUGGAGAUAAGAAUAAAAUGAGCUUGCCUGAGAUAGUUAAAGCGGGUGACCCGGUUUUGCAUGAGCCUGCCAGGGAAGUUGACCCGAAUGAAAUAGGGUCGGAGCGGAUACAGAAGAUAAUUGCUGAUAUGGUUCGGGUUAUGAGGAUGGCUCCAGGUGUAGGCCUUGCUGCCCCUCAAAUUGGAAUCCCAUUGAGAAUCAUAGUUUUAGAGGAUACAGCCGAAUAUAUUAGUUAUGCGCCCAAGGAAGAAAUUAGAGCGCAGGAUCGACGUCCUUUCGAUCUUCUGGUUAUAGUAAAUCCAAAGCUUAAAAAGAAGAGCGAUAGGAGUGCACUGUUUUUUGAAGGCUGUUUGAGUGUUGAUGGAUUCAGAGCGGUUGUGGAGCGACAUCUAGAUGUUGAGGUCACAGGCUUGGGUCGUGAUGGCCAGCCUAUCAAAGUAGAUGCCUCGGGGUGGCAGGCACGCAUCUUGCAGCACGAGUGUGAUCAUUUAGAUGGAACACUGUAUGUAGAUAAGAUGGUUCCAAGAACAUUCAGAACUGUUGAAAAUUUAGACCUUCCUCUUGCUGAGGGGUGUCCUAAGCUCGGUGCCCGUUAAGCUUAUUUUUUUACACACGCACGCCAUGCACAAGAAACGAAGGCUUAAAACCUAGUUUACGAGGCUUCAGUAUAAUUCGGUCUUUGGGGACACCUCUCGAAUAGCAAUGGAAGUUGUGUUCGAAAAGUUAUUUGAAUGGAAAUCGUAGUGUAUUCAUUCCUCGGCAC